AAUCCAACAGCCUCUCUCUUCUCUACAGCUCAUUUUCUCUCUCAUUCUCUCUCUAGAACUGGAGCUUUAAUUCUUCAAAGGCAUCCCACUGAUCUGUCUUGAUCUCCAACCUAUCUUGUCUGCUCCUUGUCUGAAAUUUUUUUGUCUGUGUUUGCUUCUUCUUCGCCGGCGACAAUGGGUGGUUGCACCUCCAAACCCUCUGACAAACCCAACCCUUAUGCUCCCAGAAACACCUUCCCUCAAAAUGACGAUUCUACCCCCUCCCAUCUCGCCAAAUCACAGGCUCCUACCCCUGCCGCCGCCGCAAAGGCCUCGCCUUUCUUCCCUUUCUACACCCCGAGCCCCGCCCACCACCGCAGCGGCGGAAGAGAGAGCAAGAGCAUGAUGAGUACACCCCUCCAUCACCUCCGGCGACAUUUCCACCCUCUGUCUCCGGCGAGACACAUAAGAGUGGCGCUGCGGCGGAGGAAGGGGAGGAAGGAGGCGGCGGCGGAGACGGCGGAGAUUUCGGUGGAGACGGAGGGAGAAGAAUUGGGUCUGGACAAGAGAUUUGGGUUCUCGAAGGAUCUGAAGAGUAAAGUGGACUUAGGGGAAGAGGUAGGGCGAGGCCAUUUUGGGUACACUUGUUCUGCAAAGUUCAAGAAAGGGGAGCUCAAAGGUCAACAGAUUGCAGUUAAGGUCAUCCCAAAAUCAAAGAUGACUUCAGCAAUUGCUAUAGAAGAUGUAAGAAGGGAAGUCAAAAUUCUACGGGCGUUAUCUGGGCAUAACAAUCUCGUACAUUUCUAUGAUGCAUUCGAGGACAAUGAGAACGUCUACGUCGUGAUGGAGUUGUGUGAAGGUGGUGAACUCCUUGACAGAAUACUUGCAAGGGGCGGGAAAUAUUCUGAGGAUGAUUCGAAGACAGUGCUUAUACAGAUUCUGAGUGUUGUGGCUUUCUGUCAUCUCCAGGGAGUUGUUCAUCGAGAUUUAAAACCAGAGAACUUCUUGUACAGUUCCAAGGAGGAGAAUUCUCAAUUGAAAGCCAUAGACUUUGGAUUAUCAGACUUUGUCAGACCAGAUGAAAGGCUCAAUGAUAUCGUGGGAAGUGCAUACUAUGUAGCCCCUGAAGUCCUACACAGAUCAUAUACUACAGAGGCUGAUGUAUGGAGCAUUGGAGUAAUGGCGUAUAUUCUACUAUGCGGUAGUCGUCCAUUUUGGGCAAGAACUGAGUCGGGAAUUUUUCGGGCAGUUCUAAAAGCUGACCCCAGUUUCGAUGAAUCGCAUUGGCCUUCACUAUCUCCAGAAGCAAAAGACUUUGUUAAGAGGUUACUGUACAAAGAUCCCCGGAAAAGAAUGACAGCCUCACAAGCUUUGAUGCAUCCUUGGAUCAGGGAUUACAAGGAAAUCAAGAUCCCUCUCGAUAUUUUGAUAUUUAGACAGUUAAAGUCAUACUUGAGAUCUUCUACGUUGCGGAAGACUGCUUUAAGGGCUCUGUCCCAGACACUAUCUGAAGACGAACUUCUUUACCUGAGAACCCAGUUUUCACUGCUGACACCGGGAAAACCUCGUCUGAUCACUUUGUAUAACAUUAGAGUGGCACUUUCUGCAAAUGCAACAGAAGCAAUGAAGGAAUCAAGAAUCCCCGACUUUCUGGCUUCGCUAAAUGGACUGCAGUACAGAGGGAUGGAUUUUGAAGAAUUCUGUGCAGCAGCAAUGAGCGUUCAUCAGCACGAGUCACUCGGGUGUUGGGAGCAAAGUGUCCGCCAUGCUUAUGAGAUUUUCGAGAAAAAUGGAAACCGUGCCAUUGUCAUCGAGGAGCUUGCUUCGGAACUUGGUGUCGGGCCAUCAAUCCCGGUACAUUCGGUUCUGCAUGACUGGAUUAGGCAUUCUGACGGGAAGCUGAGCUACUUAGGAUUCGUUAAACUGUUACACGGCGUCUCUAACCGGCCCUUGGCUAAAACAAGGUGAAGGUCAUUUCCAUACACGAGCAAAAAAAAAAAAGAGAGAAAGCAAGUGAUAUAUAUAUAUAUAUAGAAUGGACAACUCCCUCUGAUGAAAUCUCAGAGUUUGAAUCAGAAAUAUUUCUAAAAGCAAUGCAUGUUCAGACAGUGAAUUGUUAUACAGCAUCUCUUUCAACAUGAAUGAGACCAUAUACAUACAUAGAUAUGUAAUAUAUACAUAAUACAUAGAUAUGUUCUCCCAUAUUCAAGGAUUCCAGUUCAGAACA